AUGGUGGUUGAACUGCUCACGGUCAUCGGCAAUGGGAGCAUGAUUCUGUUAAUCAGAAGUGACUCAAAACUUCACACUCCGAUGUACUUCUUCCUCAGCCACCUGUCCUUUGUAGAUCUCUGUUAUGCCACCAAUGUCACUCCUCAGAUGCUGGUUAACUUCUUAUCCAAGAGAAAAGCCAUUUCCUUCCUUGGCUGCUUUAUACAAUUUCACUUUUUCAUUGCCCUGGUGAUCACAGACUAUUACAUGCUUGCGGUGAUGGCUUAUGACCGCUACGUGGCCAUCUGCAAGCCUUUGUUAUAUGGUAGCAAAAUGUCCAGAUGUGUCUGCGUUUCUCUCGUUGCUGUUGCUUAUGUUUAUGGCUUUGCAAACGGUCUGGCACAAACCAUCCUGAUGCUCCGUCUGUCCUUCUGUGGACCCAAUGAGAUCAACCAUUUUUACUGCGCAGACCCACCUCUCAUGGUCCUCGCCUGCUCGGACACCUACGUCAAAGAAGCUGCCAUGUUCGUGGUGGCUGGUUCCAACCUCACCU